AUGACUUAUAACUAUCACUACGAUUUGGCUACUUCCCAGAGAAAAGUGAUUCUGAAGCUAUUUUUCAAGUGGAAAGGCUCUCUCUGGAAAGCGAUUUAUCAAGAUUUGUUCAUUUGGUGCUUCCUUUAUGCACUUGUUUCUGUUAUCUAUCGAUAUGCUUGGGAUAGAAGUCAACAGGACACAUUUGAGAGGUUUAUGCAAUUUUGCAACCGUCGACUAGACUAUAUCCCAAUCAACUUCAUGCUAGGAUUUUUCGUGACAACAGUUAUCAACCGAUGGAUGACUCAGUUUGCAAAUUUAGGAAUGAUUGACAACAUUGCAUUAUUCACAUCAAUGUAUUUGAGUGGAAACGAUGAGAGGGGAAGAAUAUUGAGAAGAAGUAUUGUGAGAUUUUGUGUAAUGUCCCAAACUAUGGUAUUCCGUGAUAUUCACAUCGGCGUCCGCAAACGUUUUCCAUCAUUGGAAACCAUGGUUGCUGCAGGAAUUAUGACAUCAGCUGAUUUGAAGAAAUACAAUGAGGUUGAAAGCAGAUAUGCAAAAUAUUGGCUAGGAUUCAAUUGGUCGUUCAAUUUGUUAAAUGAGGCAAGAAGAGAAGGAAGAAUUGAAAGUUCGUAUACGCAGAAUGCCAUUGCAGAGGAAAUCAGAACGUUCAGAAGUGGCUUAUCACUUAUAUGGACCUAUGAUUGGGUUCCACUUCCUCUCAUGUAUCCACAAUUGGUGUUUUUGGCAGUCCAUUGUUACUAUUUAGUGUGUUUGGUAUCGAGACAGUUUGUGAUAAAUUCCGAUGCCAAAAUGACAACUGAAAUUGAUUUGGGUGUGCCUUUCAUGACAAUUAUCGAAUUCAUAUUUUAUAUGGGAUGGUUGAAAGUUGCUAUGGAUCUUCUGAAUCCGUUCGGAGAGGAUGAAGAUGAUUUCGAUUGCAAUUUCUUGAUUGAUAGAAAUCUAACUGUUGCCAUGGGAAUUGUGGAUGAUACUCAUGAUGAUGGACCGAUUUUGGAGAAAGACAUGUUCUGGAACGAUACUGUAUCACCACUAUACUCGACGGCAGCAGCUCAAAGAAAUGUCAACUUCUACUUUGGAAGUGCCACAAAUGCAGAUUCACAAAUACCAGAUAACGUUCGUCAAAUUACAAUGGUUCCUCAUCCAUUUAAUGAGAAACUGGACCAAAAGAAUGGGAAACGAACAAAUCGACCACCAGUGGAAAGUGUUGUCGAACUGAAAAGAGAUCAACGAUUCUCAACAGGGAACAAUAGAAAACAAACUGUAGAAGGGAGAUUCUCGAACAAAAUUGGAGCGAUUUUCCAGAAAAGACAUUCUAAGUCUCUAACCGUUGCUCCAGAAGGUUUCAAUGCAAAAGCGCGUACGUCUACAGAUAUCGAAACACUUCCAACUUUUUUGACGAACCAGAAACCAUGCUACAGUAAUCCCGAGUGUAUCGUAGAAGUUGAGGAAGAAGAAAACGACUCUCCAAAAACUUCGACAGACUCAAAGCAAGACCCUCCUAGAAAAAGAGUGAACAUUUCUAAUAAAAGAGAAAGUGUGAUAUCUAUGGGAAGAUCUAGGUCAUUCAAUCAUUUUGGAGAGCAUGUGGAUUAUCAUGACUACUACGACUUUGAUAAGAAAUGA